CAUUAUUGUCUCUUUAACAGCACACACACAGAGAUACACACAGACUUUCUUGUGCUAAAGUCCAAUUUCUAAGUGAGAUUCAUACACCAGAAGAGAGAGAGAGAGAGAGAGAGAGAGAGAGAUGGGUAGGGCUCCAUGUUGUGACAAAGAAAAUGUAAAAAGGGGUCCUUGGUCUCCUGAAGAAGAUGCAAAACUCAAGACCUUCAUUGAAAAAUAUGGUACUGGAGGUAACUGGAUUGCUCUACCUCACAAAGCUGGUUUAAAAAGAUGUGGAAAGAGCUGCAGAUUACGAUGGCUAAACUAUCUGAGACCCAAUAUUAAACAUGGUGAAUUCACUGCUGAUGAAGAUAAGAUCAUCUGUAGUUUGUAUGCUAGCAUUGGAAGCAGAUGGUCAAUAAUAGCAGCUCAGCUACCAGGAAGGACUGACAAUGAUAUCAAGAAUUACUGGAACACCAAGCUCAAGAAGAAGCUCUUGGCUAUGCUCCCUUGUUUUCAAAAAAAGCCUUCUUUUUUUCCAUCUUUACCCCUCCACUCACCACAACCCUACAGAUCAGACCUCUUGUUGACCAAUAGUACUUCACCUUUUUACAACUACACUAACCCUAAUUUCAUGAACUUGAACAACACUACCAACUCUCUCCAAACAACCAACCUUGUUCAAGAUCUUGCCAAUAUUACACAUCUCACACCAUCACCAGAUCAUUCAAGCUCUCUGAUCAGUUUGAUCACCAACAUUAACAGUAAUGAGAAUUGUUUCAAUUUAGGGUUUGAGGGGGAUCACAUUCAGAGCAUGUACGACAACCCUAUGGAGUACCAGUACCCUACAUCAGAUGUAAAAGAAGCCAUGCUUGUGUUUGGAAGUGGUGGUGAAGGUCAUGAAGUGAGUGCAACUGGUUCUUCCUCAGAAGGUGGGAGUUGUUUGAGUCAAAUCAGCUAUGGAAAUUAUAGCAAAAGUAAUUAUGAGAAGCACCAGUAUCAGAUCAAACAAGAAGACCAGUUUUCCCUCCAGGGUUUUGCAGAUCAGAGUCAAAGUUUAAUGAUUGACCACAACUACAGUACUGAUCAGAAACCAAAAGGGUACAAUUUGAAGAUUGAUCUUGAGGAAGUGAGGCAACUUAUUGGUAACAGUACAAACAACAUCAGCAGCAGUUACUUGUUCAGUAAUGAGGAUGAAUACAAGACAACACAUGAUCAUAAGGAGAUAUGCUAUCAUUACUGAUGUGUCUGAUACACUUGUAAUUAAGGAAGAAGAUACAGAUGAGAGACUUUGAGACAGUUUCUUGGGGUUUGUGAUGAUUGUAGUGGAAAUCAAUAUGAAAAAAAUCACAAAAACCAGAUGGUUCUUUAUUUGUUUUUGUUUUUUUUAAUCUUUUUGUGUGGCAGUACAUGUACUAGCUUUUCUUUUUGUGCAUUUCUUCUUGGGGUUAUGAUAAACUGUACUAUUCUGUCAGAAGCCAACCCCACUACAGUUUGGACUUUGGAUCCAGAACUCAAGUGCCUAAAUUUGUAGCCAUCACCAUUCACCAACUCAAUAGAUCAGAAAUAGAGGUGAUGUAUUGGCAACAGAAGUUACUAUAUAUAGUCGCAUAAUAUUUACAA